GACGCGGAUCGUUUGGCAGAGAGUUAUUUGUACAUUUAUGUUUUGCUACGUUAACUGUCGUAGGCAAGUGUUCGUUCUAAAAAGGGUAUUAAGAUGCCGUUUCGUGAAUCAUAGUCCUACGGGGCCUCAUCAUCACAGUUGUACCCGCGACUGUCAGCUUGACAGCAGAAUCCGCAGUUAAAAAAAACAGCAAAGUUUCCCUUGUUCGAUGUUGUGUGUUUUGCUUCCUGUUUGCUGUGCGUGGAAAGCAAAUCAGGAAGGUGCAAUAAAACGUCGCAAAAUAGUGCAAUUUGUUUAAACACGGUUAUAACCUUUCCGCAGUAGAGGCUGGCGUCACGAACCUUUGGACGGUGCUUGUUUGUGUGUGUACAUAGUAUCAAGAAAUUUCCACAGCGAAACUAAACGUGCGUCGAAGAAAUCGAAGAAGUUGUCUUCAUCUUCAUCUCAGGUGCUGCGGAAAACUUUCCACACACAACACGCCAAGGCAGACGAAGAGUGGGCGAGUAGUGCGAGGUUGGGCCACAGCAGCGUGUGAGCAGUAAUCGGCUGUGGGAAAAUAUUUCGCAGCAGCAAAAAGUGAAGGUGAUUCAAGGAGCAGCGCACCGAGUGUUGCUGGUAGCACAACGUACCGUUCAGAUUGCAGAAGGAAACAAAGCCACAAUCGGUUCCGUGGAGGUCUGCAAUCAUCCAUCUACCACACACAAUACCUGCCCUUCGAACAUAACGCUUGCGAAGUCAGAGGAAAAGCUGGCGCGAUGGCUGACCAGGAGUCGGAUAUGGAGUAUUCAUCCGAUAAUGAUUACGAGUUCGAGGAUUACUACAACUCAGGUGAAGAUUGCGACAUCGAACAGAUCGAUCCGAAGCGUACCGAUCCGGAGUACUUCGUGUACGAGUGUCUCGACGUCGAGGAGGUGGAAAAGCUGCUAAACGAGUCGGUCGAAAAGCUGAGCACGCAGCUGCAGAUUACGCCAUCGCUGGCCAAGGUGUUGCUGCACGCGAACGGCUGGAACACGGCCGAGGUGAUCGAGCGGUACCGGAACAACGCGUCCUUUCUGCUGGUCAGUGCACGCAUCAAACCGCCAGCAGUGCCGGUAGUAGUGGCAACGGCAGCUGCCGUACCGGCCGUCACAGCGCCCCUCACUGCCGUCCCAUCGACGUCCUCGGGUACCGGUGUAGUUGUCCCGUCUUGCUCCUCUAUCCCGCCGGUGCAGACGGUGACAUCCGGUGCGUCAACAUCGUCUCAUACGGGGCUUCCGACGACGGCGGGCAGCAGUAAUAGCAGUAGUAGCAAUAGUAUUAACAAUAGUAGUACCAGCAGUACCAGCAGCAGCAGCAACACCAUCAGUAGCAAUACGAGUAACAGUAGCAGUAAAUCACUACAUGCCGUUGGUCAUCUGCUAACAACGACGAAUAGCACUGGUAGCAUCUCGCCAACUAGUAUCUCCGCUACCACUACCACCACCACCACUGCCGCUUCCAUCGCUGGCAGUGGCUACCGGACGCAGCUGUGUCCGGUGUGCGUCACCGUACAAUCCAUCGAUAAGUUCCACCGGCUGUCCUGUCAGCACGCGUUCUGUCGCGACUGCUGGGCGAUGCACUUCGAGAUUCAGAUCGGGCAGGGCAUUUCGACGCAGAUCGAGUGCAUGGAGCAGCGGUGUGACGUGCGCGUCCCGGAGGAUCUGGUGCUGACGCUGCUCAACCGGCCGAUGCUGCGCGACAAGUACCAGCAGUUUGCUUUCGCCGACUACGUCAAGUCCCAUCCGGAGUUGCGCUUCUGUCCCGGUCCCAACUGUCAGAUCAUCAUCCGGAGCCAGGAUAUCUGUCCAAAAAAGGCGUUAUGUCGGGUGUGCAAGACCGCAUUUUGCUUCCGCUGUGGGACGGACUACCACGCCCCAACCGACUGCCAGAUCAUCCGCAAGUGGCUGACGAAGUGCGCCGACGACAGCGAAACGGCCAACUACAUCAGCGCCCACACGAAGGACUGCCCAAAGUGUCACAUCUGCAUCGAGAAGAACGGUGGCUGCAACCAUAUGCAAUGCUUUAACUGCAAGCACGACUUCUGCUGGAUGUGUCUCGGCGACUGGAAGGCGCAUGGCUCGGAGUACUAUGAAUGUUCCCGCUACAAGGAAAACCCCAACAUUGCCCAUGAGUCCGUGCACGCGCAGGUAGGGCUUCAGGCCCGCGAAGCGCUCAAAAAGUACCUUCACUACUACGAACGGUGGGAAAAUCACUCCAAAUCGCUGCAGCUCGAGCAGCAAACGCUCGAUCGGAUGAAGGCGCGCAUCAACGAGAAGGUGAUGAAGGGGCUUGGCACGUGGAUCGACUGGCAGCAUCUAUUCGAUGCGGCCGCCCUGUUAGCCAAGUGUCGCUACACUCUUCAGUAUACCUAUCCAUACGCGUACUACAUGGACUCCCGGAAGGAGCUGUUCGAGUAUCAGCAGGCCCAGUUGGAAGCGGAAAUUGAAAACCUCUCCUGGAAGGUUGAGCGAGCGGAAACGACCGAUCGGGGUGAGCUGGAGAACCAGAUGGACAUCGCGGAGAAGCGACGCACGACGUUACUGAAAGAUUUCUUCCCGGCCGACUCGUAGACAGUAAAACGGGGAAAGAACUUUCCACCCAGCAAUAUUUCCUCCGUGGCGUCGUGUCGUCGUCAUCUUAGGAGUGGACGAUGAAGAUGGUAUGCGUUGGAGAACCGAAAAGAAGCUACUACUAGAUUAAAUUUCAUACAAAAGACACACGAUCUUCAACACAAACAAUCCCUUGUGAAACUAUUAGUACAUAGGUACACUCUAUGUAGUUGCGUUAAGGAUUAAUUAGGAAAUACUUAAGCGAAUCGUGGUAGAGUGUGCGCUCGCCCGUGUUUGUUCCUCGAAAGUGCUAGAAAGAGAGAAACCAGGAACACAACGGGGAACCCGAUAGCGAAACAACUGCAGCUUGCUUCAUGGAUGUGGACAAAGUAGGUUGGAAGAGCCGAAAAUGGAACGGCAUCUAAGGCUGCCAGUUAGUAGAGUGCCGUCGCGUAGAAAUUGGUCCAGCUUACUGGAGAAACCGAUGAAAGCACUACCACCACUCCCCGUCGCAACCAGUUUCAUACUGUAGAUAGAAGAUCACGAUGAUGAAGGUAUAUAUUGUAAACGAUAUAUCGCAAUCCACUAUAGCGCAUAUGAUAAUUGCUGCUACCGAUAUGUUGCGAUCUUAGGCGCUUGCAUAGAUAAACCCCAGGAACCCGAUUGGUUUACGAACACUGACAUUCUUCUGCAAUAAGAAAAGAAAUGCCGAAUGCAUCGUCGUCGGUCGCAAUCUGCAACUCCUUGCGGAUGGGCUUGCCGGUUGAUAAA